AUGAAGCGAAAAAUGAAGUAUUCAACCACCAAAACCUCCCAAGCAAAGCAGAGAAGAUCAGCAGGCAAAACUCCAGCAAAAUAUCUCAAGCUGAGAAAGUCACAAUUUUUCGGUAAUUCAAAAUCCCAUCAGAAGACUGAUGAAGUAUGGCAGGUGCACUUUAUGAAGCUAUGCUCUGGCUGUAUCAUAGAAAAUUCCUGUUACUUAAGGGAAGAAACAACCAAAGUGAUGUCACCAAAAAUAGGAACUUCACCUGUGACAGAACAUCAUGCUUCUCUGAGCACAUUCAAUGAUCAGUUCAUCACUUUUGUUUUUGAGAAUGGGGCUUAUGCCAUCUAUGUUGAAUACUUGGGAAAAGACCAACAGAAAGACAAGGUGUUACUCCGUUACUAUGCUUCUCAAACCCCUGCAGGUGAAUCAGGUGAUGAGGUUGAUGGUAAGAAGUUUAUGGUAAACCUGAGUCCUACAAAAGACAAAAACUUCUGCCUGCAUGCCGACAACAACAAACUGUCUGUGGACAUUCUAGAACCCAAAAAGCCACUGCCAGAACAGGCCUUCUUCCUCCUUCAUCGGCAGACCUCUGAUUAUGUAUCAUUUGAAUGUAAGAGCAACCCUGGAACAUUUAUAGGAGUUAGUGAUAAUCACCUGAAGCUAAUUCAAGUAAAAGACCAUGGUGAGGAAACAAUUUCAGAAAAGAUCAUGUUCAAGCUCUAUUCAACUUAA